GCGCGGCGCGCCCGGCCCCGCUCAGCUCCGCUCAGCUCCGCUCAGCCCGACACCGCGCCGAGCCGAGCCGCGCCGUGCCGUGCCGUACCGUGCUGUGCCGUGCCUCUCCGGGCCGUGCCGUGCCACGCCGCCUGGUUCCGCUCCGCUCCUCUCCUCUCCGCCCCGCGCCGCCCCGCCGGGGGGCCGAGCGGCGCGUCCACCUGCCGGCCCCGCCGCCCGUCAGUCCCGCCAUGGCGCUCGGCGGGGUCGGGCGCGGCGCGGCGCGGGCCGCCUGGCCGCGGCUGCUGGUGGCGGCGGCGGCGGCGGCGCUGGCGCUGGCGGGGCCGGCGCUGCCCGAGGUGCUGUUCCGCUGCCCGCCCUGCACGGCGGAGCGCCUGGCCGCCUGCCCCCCGGCCGCCCGCCCGCCCUGCCCCGAGCUGGUGCGGGAGCCGGGCUGCGGCUGCUGCCCGGUGUGCGCCCGCCUGGAGGCCGAGGCGUGCGGUGUCUACACGCCGCGCUGCGCCGCCGGCUUGCGCUGCUACCCCGACCCCGGCGCCGAGCUGCCCCUGCAAGCCCUGGUGCAGGGACAGGGCACCUGCGCCCGCCGCCGCGACACGGCCGAGUACGGCGCCAGCGCCGAGCGCCCCGCAGAUAAUGGUGAUGACCGGUCUGAGAGCAUUCUUGCUGAGAACCACGUGGAUGGCACCGUGGGGAUCCUGAGUGGAGCUGGAGGGAGGAAGCCCAUGAAGACGGGCAUGAAGGAGCUGGCAGUGAUGAGGGAGAAGGUGAACGAGCAGCAGCGGCAGAUGGGCAAAGUCAGCAAGGCCCAUCACAACCACGAGGACUCCAAAAAGUCACGGCUGUCGACAGGCAGGACCCCUUGUCAGCAGGAGCUGGAUCAGGUCCUGGAACGCAUCUCCACCAUGCGGCUGCCAGAUGAGCGAGGGCCCCUGGAGCACCUCUACUCCCUUCACAUCCCCAACUGUGACAAGCAUGGCUUGUACAAUCUCAAACAGUGCAAGAUGUCGGUGAAUGGGCAGCGUGGCGAGUGCUGGUGCGUGGACCCCAUCCAUGGGAAGGUGAUCCAGGGUGCACCCACCAUCCGCGGGGACCCCGAGUGCCACCUCUUCUAUACAGCCCAUGAGCAGGAGGACCGGGGAGCACACGCCCUGCGGAGCCAGUAGACAGAUGUGAUCUUGCUGGCUGGAGGUGGCUCACUGUGGCCCCAGUGCUGGAUUUUACAUGGGUUUCAGCGUGUCUCUUUAGGCUCUGGAAGAGACUGGGUGCUGCCCUCCUUCCUCAGCUGCCUGGUUCCUGGGGAGGGGAGGGAUAAGGGGAGGGGAAGGUGGUGGGGGGUUUGCAAGGAGAAGGGACUGCUUUCUUAGUCUUUCACCCAACAUAAACCAGAGAACUGGUCUUUUUUGCUCCUCGCCCUGCAGCCCUGCCCUCCCUGCUGCUUUGUGGCAUCUUUCUGCACCCUCCAGCACAGAGUGCCAUGUGCUCCCUGACCCCUCCCAGGGGAUGAAACCCCUUGCUAUGAGUGGGAGAGGGUAAAAAAACUGAAAGAGCCCAGCCUUUCCCCCUCUUUUUCUCUCUUCCCCAAGACCAAAGACUGUAAAUACUGUCACCUGCCUCUUGUGUCCUGCCAGUCAGUCUCUUGUGCCCCAGCCCAGCCAUCAGUCCUGGCAUGGGAUGUGGUGUAGGAGGGAGGAAAGGAAGAAAGACCCUGGAUUCCCAGCUUGAACUUACCACCACAGCUGGGAUGUGUUCCCCCAAGGAAGCAGCAAUGAGGGGAAGGGCUAAAGAUGAGGGAGCUGCCACCUUGCCCCCUAAUAACACUCUUGGGUGCUUCCUUUGCUUGUGCUGGGGCACAGCCAACUCCACAGGGGCCCAGCUUCAGCCACUGGUGUGGGAGCAUGGGGUCUUUGGGUGAUAGCAAAGCUAAAUGCUUGUUUUUCUAAGGGAUUUGAAGGGCUUUUGCACAGUAUUUCUUAGGAUCAGCUUAUGCCGAGGGAGCUAAAAUGAACUUGCCGAGGCUGGGUGGAAUGAUGCGUGUGUAGAUUUAGGAUAACAAGCCAGGGAAUGUUUCUCUUUCUCUCAUUCAUUUUUUUCUUUAUUUCUAGAUAGGAAAAAACAAAACAAAACAUCUAAAACCUGCGUUCCCAAGCAGCUGCCCUUGUCCCUCCAUUUUUGCCUGGGACUGAAGUGAGCAUCUGUUAUUCAGCACAUACCUUUUUCUUUUUGUAAGUAAAUUACAGUAUAUAUCUUGCUUUGUAAAGGCCCUCACACACACACACACACAUGCAAACACACACACAGACACACACACACUCUCACACUUCUCUGCCCACAUACACAUUUGUAUAGAUGAAAUCCAAGUGAUUCCAGGUGCUCUGAGAGGUUUUGUGCUGGACAUGCUGAGGAGAGAUGUGUCUCUGCUGUUAAUUCACCUGUUGAUUUCUUUCUGUACAGAACACACUGAUGCUGAGAAUAAAUAACUUCCCCAUUGCCUAAGCAAGGAGGUUUUAUUAUUUUCUUUCUUUUUUUUUUUUUUUAAUAUGGAUGUCCUUAUUAUAGCAAUUGUAAAAGCCCUGUCCUUGGAGUAAACGUCUCGGGCUUUUCUUAAAUGGUUUGUUGUUUCUUGUCCCCGUUCUUGGACCCACAUUUCAGAUCCAAAGUGUGAAGGGCACAGGUGGCCUUUGUUAAAUUAGGGCCCUCGUGCCUUUGCAGGGGUUUGGACGUGGCAGUGGAGGAGACUGGGGAAAAACCCCCUCUGGAAAGUCGGGGAUGGGCAUAUGUGGAUGUGUAUGAAUGGGAGCAAAUGAAAGAAGAAAACACACCUCCAUGCAAAACCAAGUAACUGUAAAAAUGAUGCUACCUGUUUUCUGUUAACAUCUGAGGGUGUUCUGCUUUUUCAUAUAAAACUUGCACAUGCUGGCUCUCA